UCCUUUUCAGCGGGUUCUGUACACAUAGACUUUCAGAAACCCUCCCAGGAGCCCCCGAGCAGUUCAGCAUAAUUGGUAAAUUUGACUAUUAUAAGUCUGGCAGUACUAGGACCAUGAUCCAGAAGGUUUUGAUAAAUGUGCGCAAUAUGACCGUUGAGGUGACUACAGAUGGAAUAGUGAAGAUUAACAAUGUGAUCGUCACUGCAACAACCACUCCACAAAACGUAGGCAAUGGAGUGAUGUUGUUUCUUGACCCAUCUGGCUUUCCAAGGACUGUUGUAGAUGUGCCUGGCGUUGUGAAAGUUGAACUGACCACUCCUGUUGGGGGAUUAAGACGUAAAGGACAUAGAGCCAUCAUAACUGUUGCAGAUGCAUAUGCUGGACUACUAAAUGCGUUGUGUGGAAAUUUCAACGGUGACCCUGCUGACGAUAUUAACCCCUGUUCUGGAGGCCCUCCUGCAGAUUGCUUUGUUAAUGACGGCAGUUGCACCACGACUGAAACAUACCCAUAAAAGAAAAUUAAGAACAAUGGAGGUUUACAGCCAAGAACUUAGAAAAUCUACCGGACUGUUUAAGUUGGGUUUAAUUUUAUAAUUUUAAUUUAUUGGAAAUACUUCAAACAAGUGGGAUUAUUAGAAUACUUGGUGCAUAAACUAUGCAUUUUACUUGUAUAGUUUACAGAUA